AUGACAAGCAGUACCAAGCCGUCAAAUGUUCAGGUGGGAAGCAAGCUAUUCACUGCAUUUCCCGAUCAGUUGCGACCUGCAGGAGCUCAAGGUCGUUACUAUGAUCACAGCGGCACGCAUCCAAACACUGUUUAUGAAUUUGGAUUAAAUUACGUCACCGAUGAAGGUGUCAUGGCUCUACCACUAAGAAAUACCUCAGAUUCUCAACGCUGUCUAUGCACAAGUCCUCGAACCGUGAAGGCGUGGGGUGGUGGUGACAAUGUUUCUGCCGAAGUUCGCCAGCAACAGCUUUCAUGUCCGGAUUUUGUACAUUUACGCGCUGACGUUCCAGAACCUCCGACCAAUUUCAACUGUCACUAUCUUUACGAGAAUGAUUACUCCUGUGAAUGGAUUCCCGGCAAAGACCAUGGAAGUCCGAUCCAAUUCUAUCAGCUGAAAUACAAGUCUCAUGAUUUUCUUAAGACCUACGAAAGGGAGUGGUAA